GGGGGCCCGGGGCUGAUGGCGGCGGCGGCGGCGGCGGUCCCGAUCCCGGUCUCGGCGGCCCCGGCCGGCGGCCUGCUCUCCCCGCGCCUGGGCCCCAGCCAGCCGGCCAGCCCCGGCGCCCCGUCCCCCAAGGAUGACAUUGAAGAAAAUUCCAACGAUGACACCCAGCCAUCCAAAAGGAGGAGGAUGGGCUCAGGAGACAGCUCCCGGAGUUGUGAAACAUCUAGUCAAGACCUUGGCUUUAGCUACUUUCCAGCUGAAAAUUUGAUAGAAUAUAAAUGGCCACCCGAUGAAACAGGCGAAUACUACAUGCUUCAGGAACAAGUCAGUGAAUACUUGGGAGUGACAUCAUUUAAGCGGAAAUAUCCAGAUUUAGAGCGACGAGAUUUGUCUCACAAGGAGAAACUAUACCUUAGGGAAUUAAAUGUCAUCACAGAGACUCAAUGUACACUAGGUUUAACGGCAUUGCGUAGUGAUGAAGUUAUCGAUCUGAUGAUUAAAGAAUACCCCGCUAAACAUGCCGAAUAUUCGGUUAUUCUGCAAGAGAAAGAACGCCAGCGAAUAACAGACCAUUAUAAAGAGUAUUCUCAAAUGCAACAGCAAAACACUCAGAAAGUGGAAGCCAGCAAAGUUCCAGAAUACAUUAAGAAAGCGGCCAAAAAAGCGGCAGAGUUUAACAGCAGCUUAAAUCGGGAACGCAUGGAAGAAAGAAGAGCUUAUUUUGAUUUACAGACCCAUGUUAUCCAAGUGCCCCAAGGAAAAUACAAAGUCUUACCUUCAGAGCGAACGAAGGUCAGUUCCUAUCCAGUGGCUCUCAUACCGGGACAGUUCCAGGAGUAUUAUAAAAGGUACUCGCCAGAUGAACUACGUUAUUUGCCAUUAAACACAGCACUGUAUGAACCCCCUCUGGACCCAGAGCUGCCUGCUUUAGACAGCGACGGAGAUUCAGAUGAUGCCGAAGAGGGACGAGGUGAUGAGAAAAGAAAAAACAAAGGCACUUCGGACAGCUCCUCUGGAAAUGUCUCUGAAGGUGAAGGUCCCACUGAAAACCAGGAGGAUUCUUUUCAAGGAAAGCAAAAAACAAGAGACAAAGUUACUCCAAGAAAAGAUGGUUCCAAACGUUCUGUUCUUUCCAAAACAGUUCCUGGGUACAAGCCAAAGGUCAUUCCCAAUGCUAUAUGUGGAAUUUGUCUGAAGGGUAAGGAGUCCAACAAGAAAGGAAAGGCUGAAUCACUUAUACACUGCUCCCAAUGUGACAACAGUGGCCACCCUUCCUGCCUGGACAUGACCACGGAGCUCGUUUCUAUGAUUAAGACUUACCCAUGGCAAUGUAUGGAGUGUAAAACUUGUAUUAUAUGCGGACAGCCCCACCAUGAAGAAGAAAUGAUGUUCUGUGACGUAUGUGACCGAGGUUACCAUACUUUUUGCGUGGGGCUUGGUGCUAUUCCAUCAGGUCGCUGGAUUUGUGAUUGUUGUCAAAGAGCUCCCCUAACACCCAGGAAAGGGGGAAGACGGGGAAAAAACAGCAAGGAAGGAUAAAAUGGGAAUUCUUAUCGUAUUGCUGUGACAUGCAUUUAAAUUGACAAACUUGGUGCCACUUAACCUACCACUUUAUGGAAAACACCACUUCAUUUUUCAAUAAAACUUUUGAUGCUAUUUUAA